UGUCAUGCUGGUACCGGAAACGUGUUGCUUUGCGGAAGUGCCAUUCACACGCUGUUGCGUGCUGUAAUUCAUCAGCUUUCCAUGCAUUAGACUGCACAGAUGUCUAGACUUUAUUUAGAGAAGCUCGCACAGCUUUAUGAGCGCUACCGGGAUUACGUGAGCCGCAACCCGGGCGUUACGGCGCAUCUGGAGAGCGCAGUGCGGACUCUGUCCUACCUAAUAGCAGGUCGCUUUUCAGACUCUCAUGAACUUUCAGAGUUAGUGUAUUCAGCGUCAAACCUGCUGGUGUUGCUGAAUGAUGACAUUCUGCGGAAGGCUCUCUCCAAGACUCUGCCUGUGUCUCUCUCCCAGCAGAGGCUGCUAACUUGGCUUUCUGUCUUGGAGUAUGUGGAGGUGUUCACUGAGAUGGGAGCCGCAAAGCUGUGGAAAGAACCCGGGCGCUGGCUGGUGGUCGUCCUCAUUCAGAUCGCAAAAGCCAUCCUUCGCAUCCUGCUGCUUUUCUGGUACAAGUCAGGCAUUCAGACGUCGCCUCCAAUAAUCCCUCUGGAUAGAGACACACAGGUGUACAACAGAGAUCAGGGCAAUGUGGAGGAAGACAUCACAUUCGUUGGACAGCGCUCGGGAAGAGUGGUGAGACCUUUGAGAAGUGCCACGUCACUGCAGAGUCGACUAUGGGGUGAUCCUCACCGAGCGAGGAAACGGAGGGAGCAGGAGGAGGACCUACAGGCAAGCCCCACCCCUCUGGGCGUACAGGAGACUAUUGCCGAAUCACUGUACAUCGCUCGACCCAUAGUCCACUUGUCCGCUCUAGGACUUUGCGGCCGGCGGUCCUGGAAGCCCUGGCUCAUCUCUGGCAUCCUGGAGAUAACAAGUUUCAGUUUGUUGUCCGACACAAGGAAGACGCUGAACCGCAGAGAGAAGGCUGAGAUGAGGAGACGAGCCUUCCUCCUGCUCUACUACCUGCUCCGCUCACCUUUCUACGACCGAUACUCUGAAGCUAAGAUCCUGUUCCUUCUCCGGUUUUUGGCUGAUUAUAUUCCCGGAGUCGGUUUAGUUGCACGUCCGCUGAUGGAAUACUUACCCAUUUGGCAGAAGAUCUACUUUUAUAACUGGGGCUGAGGCUGAACAUGCUGAAAAAGGUCAUCCAGCCCUGUAAGCAUAAAGGACUCCAAGUGCUUACAUCUGCUACUGAACCACAUGGGGAAGGGCGCACAUGAGAACAUCCUGCGACAAUCUGAGUCGUAGAUGAAGUGGAAGCUCUUUGACUCAACACAAUAUUUCAGUUUGUUAAACUAGCAUGUUCGAUUGUUUUCAUAAAAUGGACUAUUAAUUAUUCGGUUCAGAAAAUCAUUAAUGUCCUUAUCCUGUUUUGUUUUUUGUUUUGUUUAAGUUUUCAUUUUUUUUUGUUUGGCAUUUCAAGUCAUCAACUCACCCAGUGCCACAUUUUACACCCAUAUUUUCUCAAGUUAUUCUUCCUUAUGAGCACAAAAAUCUAUUCUUUUUUUUUUUUUCAAUUAUUAUUUAUUUAAGAGAUAAUGGUUUCACGCAGCAGGACAGUGAUUCUCCCUGACCUGCUGAGUCAUUAUUGCAGCUGAUUUAUUUUUCCAGCUGCGGUAUUACCAUUCGGUUAAGUAAAACUGAUAAAAAGCUUCAGAGGGCAUCCUGUGUUUCUGGACACCCCUUAACAUCAAACCAGCAUUAUAAGCAGUGAACUGAUGAAUGUCCUCUGUUUUUCCACUGUGAACCGACUAAAAACCUGUUUUUGAUAAUUGAGUAAAACUGACUGGUGCAAUUUCAAGAAAUGCAUUAUGAUUAUAAAUAUUCAUGAUUUUAUUAAAGGCAUCUGAAAAAAAAAUGGACUACAAAGCCAAUGUGUGGAACAGAUGAUGGAUUUUCUAAACACCUUUAAACAUUGAAUAAAUCAGCCAGUGAUGGGAAAAGCAA